AUGUCGGGGUUAAUCAGGCUCGGUUGGCGCCCACUGAGUCGGGCACGGUUUAUCCGAAAACCAUCGCCUGCUGUUGGAUCACAUUCUAAACUAUUAGCUAGCCGAUCUCAAUGGGGCCUGAUUCGACACCUCUCAACUGUUGGUCCAAUUCUACAAGCAGAACCUUCCAGCAUUGACAAUCAGAGUAUUGAUGCAUCUAAAACAGACAAAGCUGGUGCUGUAAAUGAACAAAAAGUAUCAUAUCAUGAUGUUGUUAUUAUCGGUGGUGGUCCUGCUGGGUUGACAUUGUUCACGGCUCUCAAAAAUUCACCUGUCACAUCCAACCUCGAUAUUGUCUUGGUUGAGGGCUCCAGUUUAGAACGGUUGCGGUCUUGGAGUCUACCUGAGAAUUUAUAUGAAAAUAGAGUAAGCAGCUUGACUCCGAGGUCAGUGGAAUUUCUCAAGUCCAUUGGCGCCUGGGACCAUGUUCAUCACGAGCGAGUUCAGGAUUAUCAUGAGAUGAAGGUAUGGGAUGGUUGCUCCGACUCGCGAAUUGAGUUUGAUCCUUAUAUCUUGGGUGAGAACAACGAAAUUGCCUGGAUGAUUGAAAACUCGAAUCUUCAGAAUUCUUUACUUUCAAGGCUUGCUGAGCUGGAUUCAAGUGCAAGUGUGAACAAUGUGGUCGAUUCUGCAAAAGUCAAAUCAAUAUCCAGACAACCAUCAGAGCAAAAUAACAAGCAAGAUGGCCAAGUUUCACUAGGGGCUGCAACCUGGGAUUCCUCUUCAUGGCCUGUUGUUGAACUUGAAAAUGGCAGAAAACUGUCAGCAAGACUACUGGUCGGAGCUGACGGUGGCAAUUCGCCUGUCCGUACCUUCGCUGGUAUUCAAUCCCGAGGUUGGGACUAUGAACGUCACGGACUUGUAGCUUCUGUGAAACUCGAAUGGGAAGAUUUCAGAUCAAUUGCAUGGCAGAGGUUUUUAGUCACUGGGCCCAUUGCACUACUUCCGCUUCCUAAUGGAUUCUGCAGUUUAGUAUGGUCUACAACGCCAGAGAAUGCCCAACAUCUGAAGUCGUUAACUCCUGCUGCAUUCUGUGCGAUGGUUAAUGCUGCAUUCCGUCUGGGCCCUGUCGAUCUAAAGUAUCUACACACUAUAACUGAUGAAGCUACUCUGAUUGACGAAAUAGAGUGGAGGAUACAGAAUACAAACAUAGUCGAUGAAGACAAUAACGUACCUGUCCCAAUAUCAGAAGUUUUAGACAAGUCUAGAGCCAGUUUCCCUUUGAAGAUGAAACAUGCUGAUACUUAUGUUUCAGAGCGUGUUGCUUUAGUUGGCGAUGCUGCACACACCACCCAUCCGCUGGCUGGUCAAGGCUUGAAUAUGGGCCAAUCAGAUGUAGCAAAUCUUGUUCAGGCCAUUGAGACAGCUACUAAACGCGGUCUUGAUAUUGGCUCCCUUCUAGCACUUGAACCGUACUGGGCCUCCUCAUACUGGUCGAAUCAUAUAAAGCUCGGAGUAGUCGACAAGCUGCACAAGCUGUAUUCCUCGGACUUUGGUCCACUUGUUCAGCUGAGAUCCUGGGGUCUAGACUUUUUUAACGAAUCUCCUUUCCUCAAGCGUUUGCUCAUGAGUAACGCAUCCAAAUAG